UCCCUCCUCCGUCAUGUGAUGUAGCACCGAGUUGCCAGCAUGGAAGUACGACUUGUGACUGUUCUAAUCAGUUCGUAACGAGGUGGGAUUCACGAAUCUAACCACAGUAAGGGGGAAUAACUCCUGCAGAUCACAAACACCAGGAAGAGAUUAACAUCAGAUUAAUCAAAGAGGUCAUACAAGGGUGUCGUAUACAAGAAAAUAUUGCCAGUUGCUGAGAAUUUCUACUGAAAAAAAUUAUUUACUGCUACAUGUGGGCUGAUUGUCAAAUGGUUUCAGUAAAUUACAGUGAGCCAUUGUGUAUAGCAGAUUUACCAGCUACUGCAACAGGAACCUGUGGGCAGUCUUUGGCUUGUGGUAAUGAAGCUCUCAUGCAGCCAUCCUUUUUGCAGGAGGAGGGGGAUGGUGAAAGUGACAUUUCCAGUGCUCAAUCUUGCUCAAGUCCUGAAAUCCAGGAUACCUGUAACCUUUCUUACAGUCCUCCAGUUAAGAUGGGUCUAGCUUCAACAAAAAUGGAGGAGGAAGAGUCUCCUGUCUAUAAGGCACAUCUCAAGCUGCCCGAUUUUUGCUCCAGCAUGUCCAGUGACUUUACUCCCACUCUUGAGGAAAUUGAGGAGUUUCUGAAGGAGAAGAUGGACCUGAUAAAGGAAGGCAUGGCAGACAACUCACAGGCAGGAGCAGGGUUUGAGAUAAAGUCUGAACUGGGUUUGGAAAAACUGAAUGGGAGCACCAAUGGGCAGGUGAUGGUCACUUCUCUUGGGGGCUCUGAUUCAAGGUCCCAGGAGACAAGGACAGCAGCAGCUAUUUCCGGAGUUACAGCAUCAGUGGGGAGCAUACCAGUAGUUCUUCAGAUUCAGCCCAUACAGUUAGCUAGCGAAAGCCAGUUGCCUCAGACUACUGCUGGUGGAGUUAAAGUUGCGCAGUUGUUAAUUACUGUACAGGGACAAACAGUGGCUGUGAUUCCUCAAGUGAUUCAGGCACCUUUAAAUGUUUCAGACCAAAAGUAUGUCAAAAUUGCUCCUUUGCCAAUUGCAGUUAGACCUGGAGGUGUUGGCAGUUGUAUAACAUUGGAUGGAACCCAGAAGCUUCCAAAAGUUUCCCCUUCCCUGAUCCGCGUGCAUAAAUGCUCACAUCCAGGAUGUAAUAAGAUGUACACUAAGAGCAGCCACUUGAAAGCUCAUUUCCGACGCCACACGGGAGAGAAGCCUUACAUCUGCACAUGGCCUGAUUGUGGAUGGAGGUUCUCACGUUCUGAUGAGCUUUCCCGCCACAGACGCUCACACUCAGGACUGAAGCCUUAUCAGUGUUCCGUUUGUGAAAAGAAGUUUGCCCGCAGUGACCACUUGUCCAAGCACUUAAAAGUACACCGGGGUCAGCGUAACACCAGAAUUCCUCGCAUAGGAAGUUAACUGUAUCUUGCCUAAAAGUGACUGAGGAGAUUAAGGCUUAUUAAAUAAGCACUGUCUGACAGUAGGACGAAGGCAAUUAGCAGUGCUAUCUUAUUUUUUAAGCCAGACUGUCAUUAUGUUCACAUGCUACCUCUUAUCAUAUUCUGUAGGUUUUAUUUGACCUGAAGUCUUUCAAUACUCCCAUUGCUUUUAACUGUAAAUAUUGUUUAUGUUAAGAAUUAAGAGUUUGAGUGUUCACUAAUGAAAUCAAUUAUUUGUAUUCAGUAGGAAUGUUAUUCCUGCAGCAGGCUGUAACAAUGAUCUGUAGCCACAUAAUUACUAAUUAGCAAGAGUAUGCUAAAACAGCCCUGACGUUUAGGAUGUCUAUCUGUAUAACUGUAAAUAAAAUGAUUAGUAUUAAGAAGUUUGGCUUUCUGCCAGCAUGGCUACCUGAUGCAACAAAUUGUUACAGCUUGCCUUAGCCUUUCAUUUCACUUACAUGCUGUAGCGCACUGUUUUAUGAAGGUUUGAUAUUUAUGUUAUUUCACAACAAAGAAUUUUCCAUUUGGAGGAGAGGCCAGUACUGUUUAGCAAAACCUUCACAUUGGGUUUCGUUCAGACCUCUUUCUUCAGGAGAAAGUAAUAUAUAGUAAAAAGUUUUUCUGUAACAAAAUCACUCUUGUGGUGGUUUAGACAUUGUACAUUUUUGUCUGUUUUUUAUGUAAUAUGGAAAUUAGUGGCUUUAUAAUUGUCUGUGUAUAACUUUAACACUUGCUAAUGCACAGUGUAAAGAAGUUGGUUGAGGAACUAAGGCAAACUACGAAAGGAGACAUAAUCACUAGUAUUUCCAGAACAGUGUGAGUGCAUUUAUGUGCCACAUUACAUGGAAUGCAAGAUCUUCUAUGGAAUUUGAUUACAAAAUUUCACUAAAACAAUACUGUUUACUGUUGUCUCCAUAUGAUCGGUUAUAUACGUUAAAUUGAUUGCAGUCCUGGCUGUUACUGUGCGAAGGUUAAAUUUUAGUAGUGCAACACAAGGUGCACUGAAGUGUUCCAACUUCUCAUCUAGUUUUAUUUUAUUUUUUUUAGUCAUUGUACAUGUAUUACUAACUUCUAAAUAAUGAAUUUAUAUUGGUAAAUAUAACUGUAGACUGUGUGAUAUCACCCUGACCAUAACUUGCAGAAAACUGUGAACUCUGGGAAAUAUCACAUAUGACUGCGUCAGAAUUACAAUAAAUUAACCUGCUGCUGAUUUUGUUUUAAA